AUGUCGAGCCUCUCCUGCGCGUCCUCCGCGCGCGUCGGCGUCGCGCUCGGAUCCAAGCGCGCGAUCCGCGGGUCCGCGCGCGUCGCGCGCGCGUCCGCGCGCGCGUCCAAGCGCGCGUCCAAGCGCGUCAACCUCACGACGCGCGCGGUGAAGGAAGUCGCCGGCGCGGAGUUCAAGGCGGAAGUCCUCGAGUCCGACGUCCCCGUGCUCGUCGACUUCUGGGCGACGUGGUGCGGCCCGUGCAAGCUCAUCAGCAAGGUGGUCGAGAAAGCGGAGGCGGAGUACGAUGCGGCGAAGCUCAAGAUCGUGAAGAUAGAGGUGGACCCCAACCCGGAUCUCGUGGAGGAGUUCGGCGUGUACGGGCUGCCCACGGUGAUGCUGUUCAAGGACGGGAAGGCGGUGGAAGGGAGCAAACGCGAGGGCGCGAUUAACCUCCCGAAGCUGAAGGAUCACCUGGAGAAGUUUGGCGUCGCGCAGCCGUGA